AUGCUACACACUUUGUCUCUUUCUCUAUUUCUCUCGCGGUCUGUUUCCGCUUUCUUCCUCGGAGACUCAACACAUCUUCUUUUCUCUCUCUACGUCCCUCGUUAUUUUUUCUGUUUUACUCUCUAUGCAACACUCUCUCUUCCUGGUUGCCUUUCCAACCCCCCCUCUGUAUCGCAGUCUUCUUUUGUCUCUCUACGUCCCUCGUUAUUUUUUUUCUGUUUUACUCUCUAUGCAACACUCUCUUCCUGUUUUCUUUGUCUCUCUACGUGCCUCGUUAUUUUUUCUGUUUUACUCUCUAUGCAACACUCUCUUCCUGGUUGCCUUUCCAAUCCCUCGCUGUUUCGCAGUCUUCUUUGUCUCUCUACGUGCCUCGUUAUUUUUCUGUUUUCCUCUCUAUGCAACUUCUUUGUCUCUCUUCCUGUCUUCUUUUGUCUCUCUCUACGUGCCUCGUUAUUUUUUUCUGUUUUACUCUCUAUGCAACACUCUCUUCCUGGUUUGCCUUUCCAAUCCCUCCCCUGUUUCGCAGUCUUCUUUGUCUCUCUACGUGCCUCGUUAUUUUUUUCUGUUUACUCUCUAUGCAACACUCUCUUCCUGGUUGCCUUUCCAAUCCCCCUCUGUAUCGCAGUCUUCUUUGUCUCUCUACGUCCCUCGUUAUUUUUCUGUUUUAUUUUUUCUGCAACUUCUCUCUUCACUCUCUUCUGGUUGCCUUUCCAAUCCCCCCCUCUGUAUCGCAGUCUUCUUUGUCUCUCUACGUGCCUCGUUAUUUUUUUCUGUUUUACUCUCUAUGCAACACUCUCUUCCUGGUUUUUCCAAUCCCCCCUCUGUAUCGCAGACUUAUUUUCUCUCUACGUCCCUCGUUAUUUUUCUGUUUUACUCUCUAUGCAACACUCUCUUCCUGGUUGCCUUUCCAAUCCCCCUCUGUAUCGCAGUCUUCUUUUCUCUCUACGUCCCUCGUUAUUUUUUUCUGUUUUACUCUCUAUGCAACACUCUCUUCCUGGUUGCCUUUCCAAUCCCCUCCCUGUUUCGCAGUCUUCUUUGUCUCUCUACGUGCCUCGUUAUUUUUUUCUGUUUUACUCUCUAUGCAACACUCUCUUCCUGGUUGCCUUUCCAAUCCCCCCUCUGUAUCGCAGUCUUCUUUGUCUCUCUACGUGCCCUGUUUUCGUUUUUUUCUGUUUUACUCUCUAUGGAACACUCUCUCUUCCUGGUUGCCUUUCCAAUCCCCCUCUGUAUCGCAGUCUUCUUUCUUUGUCUCUCUACGUGCCUCGUUAUUUUUCUGUUUUACUCUCUAUGCAACCUCUCUUCCUGGCCUUUUGCCUUUCCAAUCCCCUCCCUGUUUCUGCAGUCUUCUUUGUCUCUCUACGUGCCUCGUUAUUUUUUUCUGUUUUACUCUCUAUGCAACACUCUCUUCCUGGUUGCCUUUUCCAAUCCCCCUCUUCUUCUUUGUCUCUCUACGUGCCUCGUUAUUUUCUGUUUUACUCUCUAUGCAACACUCUCUUCCUGGUUGCCUUUCCAAUCCCCCCUCUGUAUCGCAGUUUUCUUUGUCUCUCUACGUGCCUCGUUAUUUUUUCUGUUUUACUCUCUAUGCAACACUCUCUUCCUGGUUGCCUUUCCAAUCCCUCGCUGUUUCGCAGUCUUCUUUGUCUCUCUACGUGCCUCGUUAUUUUCUGUUUUUUUUUCUGUUUUUACUCUCUAUGCAACUUGUCUCUCUCUUCCUGGUUGCCUUUCCAAUCCCCUCUGUAUCGCACCCCCCCUCUGUAUCGCAGUCUUCUUUGUCUCUCUACGUGCCUCGUUAUUUUUCUGUUUUACUCUCUCUUCUUUGUCUCUCUACGUGCCUCGUUAUUUUUCCUCUCUGCAACACUCUCUUCCUGUCUUCUUUGUCUCUCUACCACCCUCUCUUUUUUCUAUGUCCCUUUCUCUCUGCAUCUCGAUCAAGCGUGUCGAUUCAUAUCUAUCUAUCUAUCUAUCUAUCUAUCUAUCUAUCUAUCUAUCUAUCUAUCUAUCCUAGUCUCUUCAUAUCUAUCUAUGUAUCCUAGCCUCUUCAUAUCUAUCUAUUUAUCACAGUCUCUUCAUACCUUAGACUGA